AUGUCCGAGGGUUUGACGCCUCUGGCGUCCCUAUCACUAACUCACGUUCACUAUGACCCAACGGAUCGCAUUUCGUACAUAUGCGCAUGGCUCGCCCUGGUACCCCAAGGCCUCUGCGUCAUGUAUGCCACGCUGAUAUGGUCGACCCGCGAGAUUGAAAUAGCACUCCUGUUCGCCGGACAGCUCGUCUGCGAAGCCCUCAACUUUGCCCUGAAGCGGCUAAUCAAGGAAGAGCGCCCGCGCCUCAUGAACGGCAAGGGCUACGGCAUGCCGAGCAGCCACGCCCAGUUCGUCUCUUAUUUCGCCGUGUCAAUGGCGCUGUUCCUGCUGCUGAGACAUCGACCACCGAGCCCUGGCAUCCGAAAGAGGAAUCACAGCCCAAUGACCAUGCUGGAGAGAAUCGUCUGGAGUGUCCUCGGUCUAGCUAUGGCGGCCGCUGUGGCGUCGAGUAGGAUAUACCUGAAGUAUCACACGGAGAAGCAGGUGCUGGUCGGCUGUGCUGCAGGAAUCGUGAGCGCCGUGGGGUGGUUCAUCAUCACAACUAUCAUACGGCAAACUGGUUGGCUGGCUUGGGCAAUAGAAACACCGGUAGCAAAGUGGCUGCGAGUCCGAGACCUGGUCGUCGAAGAGGAUUUGUGCCAAGCUGGAUGGGAGAAAUGGGAUGAUAAGAUGAUGGAACUGAAAGCUCGUGAGAAGAAGACAAGAUGA